AAAAAGCCUCAUUGUGCUAAUUGGGGCCACUUACAUACUGUAAAAGCUAAACCCCCGCCCCACCCUCACUUUUUUAUAACAAUCCAAGCCACAAUUCGACAUUUACACAGCUCUACAUAUCAAUUCUCCGAUCACAGGGUUGAGAAUUUGGAAUGCAGUAUAUGGAGGCCGGAAGGCAAGUUUUUACGGUAGAUCUUCUCGAAAGAUUUGCAGCCAAAGGACAUGGAGUUAUCACUUGUAUGGCGGCCGGGAAUGAUGUCAUUGUGUUAGGAACUAGUAAAGGUUGGGUUAUUAGACACGAUUUCGGAGUUGGACAUUCUUCCGAUAUUGAUCUGUCUGCGGGUGUGGGUCGACCUGGUGAACAAUCUAUCCACAGCGUUUUUGUUGAUCCCGGGGGCUGCCACUGCAUUGCCACUGUUGUGGGCAAUGGAGGUGCUGAUACAUUUUACAUGCAUGCAAAAUGGACCAAACCACGAAUUUUAAACAAAAUGAAAGGUUUGGUGGUUAAUGCUGUUGCCUGGAAUAGACAGCAGAUAACAGAAGCUUCGACGAGGGAGGUAAUUCUUGGGACUGAUAAUGGCCAAUUGCAUGAAUUUGCUGUUGAUGAGAAAGAUAAAAGGGAAAAGUAUAUAAAGUUUCUUUUUGAACUUGCCGAAUUACCAGAAGCUUUCAAAGAUCUACAGAUGGAAACAGCUAGCACAAGCAGUGGAACUAGAUAUUAUGUGAUGGCUGUUACCCCUACACGACUCUAUUCCUUCACAGGGAUAGGAUUACUGGAAACCGUCUUUGCGAGCUAUACAGAUCGUGCUGUUCAUUUUAUGGAACUUCCUGGAGAUAUACCGAACAGUGAGCUUCAUUUCUUUAUCAAGCAGAGACGAGCAGUACAUUUUGCAUGGCUUUCUGGAGCUGGUAUCUACCAUGGUGGGCUAAAUUUUGGGGCACAACAUAGUUCACCCAAUGGGGACCAAAACUUUGUGGAGAACAAGGCUCUUUUAGAUUACUCAAAGCUGAUUGAAGGUGCUGGGGCCACUAAACCUAGUUCUCUUGCUGUUUCUGAAUAUCACUUUCUGCUGCUUAUUGGGAAUAAGGUUAAGGUAGUAAAUCGUAUUAGUGAACAAAUUGUGGAAGAACUUCAUUUUGAUCAAACAUCAGAAGCAGCAUCAAGGGGUAUACUUGGAUUGUGUAGUGAUGCCUCUGCUGGAUUGUUCUACACAUAUGAUCAGAACUCGAUCUUUCAGGUCUCUGUGAAUGAUGAAGGCCGAGAUAUGUGGAAGGUAUAUCUGGACUUGAAGUUGUAUGCUGCAGCUUUGGAAAAUUGUCGCGAUCCAUUUCAACGAGACCAAGUCUAUCUAGAGCAAGCUGAAGUUGCUUUUUCUGCUAAGGAUUUUGUCAGGGCAGCAUCUUUCUAUGCAAAAAUCAAUUACAUAUUGUCUUUCGAAGAGAUCACAUUGAAGUUUAUUAGCAUUGGUGAACAGGAUUCUCUGAGAACUUUCCUGUUACGAAAGCUUGACAAUCUUGAUAAAGCUGAUAAAUGUCAAAUCACUAUGAUUUCAACAUGGACAACUGAAUUGUACUUGGACAAGAUCAAUAGAUUGCUCCUGGAAGAUGACACGACUACCGAGAGUCGUAGUCCAGAAUAUCAGUCGAUCGUAAAGGAGUUUCGUGCUUUUCUUAGUGACUCCAAGGAUGUGUUGGAUGAGGCAACUACAAUGAAGCUAUUAGAAAGUUAUGGUAGAGUUGAUGAAUUGGUAUAUUUUGCUAAUCUGAAGGAGCAGUACGAGAUUGUAAUUCAUCAUUAUAUUCAGCAAGGUGAAGCAAAGAAAGCAUUACAAGUGCUUCAGAAGCCAUCUGUUCCUGUUGAUCUUCAGUACAAGUUUGCACCAGAGCUCAUCAUGCUUGAUGCGUAUGAAACUGUUGAGUCGUGGAUGAUCACCAAAAAUUUGAAUCCCAGGAAGCUGAUUCCUGCCAUGAUGAGAUAUUCAAGUGAACCACAUGCAAAGAAUGAAACCCAUGAAGUAAUAAAAUAUUUGGAAUUUUGUGUACAUCGUUUGCAGAAUGAGGAUCCUGGGGCUCAUAACUUGUUGCUUUCCUUGUAUGCGAAGCAGGAAGAUGAAAGUUCCCUGUUGCGGUUCUUGCAAUGUAAAUUUGGCAAGGGGCGACCGAAUGGCCCUGAUUUCUUUUAUGAUCCUAAAUAUGCGCUGCGCCUUUGCCUCAAGGAGAAAAGGAUGCGUGCUUGUGUACAUAUAUAUAGCAUGAUGUCUAUGCAUGAAGAAGCAGUUGCUCUUGCACUUCAGGUUGAUCCAGAGCUUGCUAUGGCUGAAGCUGACAAGGUAGAAGAUGACGAAGACUUGAGGAAAAAAUUGUGGCUUAUGGUUGCCAAGCAUGUUGUUGAGCAGGAGAAGGGAACUAAAAGAGAAAAUAUUCGGAAGGCAAUAGCAUUCUUAAAGGAAACUGAUGGGUUGUUAAAGAUCGAAGAUAUUCUGCCUUUCUUUCCUGAUUUUGCCCUGAUUGAUGACUUCAAGGAGGCAAUUUGUUCAUCAUUAGAGGAUUAUAACCAGCAGAUUGAAAAACUGAAGGAGGAAAUGAAUGAUGCGACCCAUGGUGCAGAUAACAUCAGAAAUGAUAUUAGUGCUCUUGCUCAACGCUAUACUGUAAUCGAACGUGACGAGGAGUGUGGGGUUUGCAGGAGGAAGAUUUUGACAGCAGGUGGGGACCAUCAGGUUAGGGGUUAUUCAUCGGUAGGGCCAAUGGCACCUUUCUAUGUCUUCCCAUGUGGACAUGCAUUCCAUGCCCAAUGCCUAAUUGCCCAUGUGACAAGGUGUACGGACCGAACCCAAGCAGAACUUAUACUUGAAUUACAGAAGCAACUUACUUUACUCGGUAAUGAGCCGAAGGAAAAUGUUAAUGGUGGCUUAACCAGAAAUGAAACGAUAACAAGCAUGAUAUCACCAGUUGACAAGAUAAGAUCACAGUUGGAUGAUGCUGUUGCUAGUGAGUGCCCUUUUUGCGGUGAUCUGAUGAUCCAGGAAAUUUCUUUGCCUUUUAUUCUCCCUGAAGAAGCGCUGCAGUUUUCAUCGUGGGAGAUAAAGCCACAAAACAUGGUUGGUCAGAAGAGUCUAUCUAUCAAUGGAUGAUCGAUCUCAAGACCUGGCCCCAGUCAUUCUGUGAAGUACCCAUAUAAGUUGUGAUUGUACAAUUUUGCAUUUUGUAUAUUAGUAAGGAUUGUAUAUCUUAGCGUUUUCUGAUGCACAGUUUGUGUAGAGCUUCUAAAUACCUGAUAUGAUUUGAGAUUUCUAUAAAAAUGCCUUCUAUGAGGAGGAACAUUAUGAAAUCCUAGGUUUUUUUUAUGCA